CAAGAGAUAUGAACUUCACGUGAGGGCAAGGAAGACCGAUGUGAUCUGCAUGUCGGUGGGGAGAGCGAACACGACGAAGGAAGAGAGAAGGAUCUCACGGCGAUUUCGGAUCGACGAUCGGCGGAACGCGGUGGCAGACGCUUGCGUCCCAUGACAAGGAGAGGAGCUCUGGGUGUACCGUGCUGCGUCAUCGUAGAAUGGUGCACGCGCGGGGCGUGUCUUCGACGGAGAUUCGAGCACAGGGACGAAUGUUCAUCGUCCGCGUGUCUCCUCUCGUCUAUUUCUUGUAGGGCUCAGUCCUAAAGAAAGAUUUGUACGUCGUACGAUCCGUAGACGUUGAUUGUGCAUCGCUCAGAUCUCGAGGGCCCGGAUUCGACGUCGUUGAGAAUGAUACUCGACAUCGGUGUUAACCGAAUAAAAUCACACGGUGCACACGGUACCGUCGUCGCAUGCCUGGAAUUUCUCCCCACUCUCGCUCGCCUCUAUUAUUUUCUAUCCCCCCCCCCCCCCCCCCCCCCAUUCCGCGCUCUCCUUCGGCGUAGAAGUUUCGCGUUGCGCUUCGUAACUCUUUUUUAAAUAUCUCCCUCGCGUUCUUCUUAGAGAAGAGAAAGAGAUCUAGUCUGCUUGAUGUUACACUCGUAGUCAGUGUUCACGUUUCGAAACGAUGGUUCAGAUGGUUUGAUGAUGCUCGACGACCGCCGAAAGCAAAGUUUCGAGAGGCCCUUUUGCUUUGAGAGUUUCUCGAGCGACUUUCGAUAACACGUGAUGAAAAUUCGACUCUCGGCCUUCGAACUGAUGUUAAUUGAAUUAGAUGGUAGAUGGUUUUGGAAAUUGAAUUAGGAGACACACAAGGAGGAAUGUCCCGCAACACUGGACCUGGCUUGUAUGAAUUCCUUAUGGAAGCAGAGCUCCAGCAGUAUUAUCCUGGAAUUCGAGGGGACCUGAAGGUGCAAACAACCGCUCAACUAAAAUAUGUAACGGAGGAAGACUUGAACGCCAUUGGGAUGAGCAAGCCUGAAAUGCGUCGUUUGAAGAAGUACUUUCAGAAACACUUCCCACAGAAUUACUUGUCCAAGUUCAAGAAGAUGCUGUUACCAAAACGGGAGGAGCCAGCCACAGGUGCUUUAACUAUGUUACCAGAGGAGAGGCAGGACAAGCCACCGAUUCGUGUUCCUAAUAAGUACAUGAUACCGGCUGACGCGAUCAUCGUGAACAAAGAGUUAGGGAUCGGCGAGUUUGGCGUUGUCCAGCAAGGCGUUUGGACGAACGACGGGGAAAGGAUACAAGUGGCGAUCAAAUGUUUGUCACGGGAGAGAAUGCAGAACAAUCCGAUCGAAUUUUUGAAAGAGGCGGUCAUAAUGUACGCGAUAGAUCACGAGCACAUCGUGAGACUGUACGGCGUAGUCUUGGACACGAAUUCUUUGAUGCUUGUCACGGAAUUGGCUCCCUUAAGAUCGUUGCUGGAAUGUUUGAAAGAACCGAGUUUGCGCACCAGCUUUCCCGUUCUCUCGUUGUGCGACUUUGCUGUACAGAUCGCGGACGGGAUGCAGUAUCUGGAAGCGAAACGAUUGAUACACAGGGACCUCGCUGCCAGGAAUAUUUUGGUGUUCUCGAAGAACAAGGUCAAAAUAUCCGACUUCGGACUGUCUCGGGCGUUAGGAGUCGGAAAGGACUAUUACCAAACGAAUUUCAACGUGAACUUGAAACUACCAAUAGCGUGGUGCGCUCCGGAAUGUAUAUUGUAUCUGAAGUUCACUUCUGCGAGCGACGUAUGGGCAUACGGUGUGACAUUGUGGGAGAUGUUCAGCUAUGGUUUCCAACCAUGGGCGGCGUUGACGGGUCAUCAGAUCUUAGAAGCGAUAGAUGACCCUAACUUUCAGAGAUUAGAGCAACCAGAGUGCUGCCCGAAGGAAUAUUUCUCGCUCAUGCAGCAGUGCUGGCAGCACGAGCCGUCCAAACGGUCAAAAUUCUCUGAACUGAUCAACAUCUUGCCCGACUUGAAGCCGGAGCAAGUGCAAGCUGUACAGGACAGCACGGAAAGCAGCCAGCUUGUUUACAGGCAGGGAGACGUCAUCACUGUCCUCGACAAGGGGAGCAGUAACACUUUAUGGAAAGGUGUAUUGAACAAUGGGAAAACUGGUUUUUUCAAUCCCGCUCACACGAUAGCGUAUCUUGGGUCUAAUUUGCCAAGUAACAAGCCGGGUGAAUUCACACGUGGUGAUGGAAAGAACGCUUUCUCCUCUCAGAGACGAAAGAUCCGAACGGAUAUGAUUUCCUCCCCGCAAGGCGAUUUGAAGCACACUGGCCACGUAGGAUUGGAUGGAGCUUAUUUCGGUGACAUUGGCUUUCUCGGUGGCAAGUAUCCGCACUUGCCGAGGCAAGUGGUGACGCCGUACAAACCACAGGAGGAUGUAACGGAUAAUUCUAGUCAAGCUUUGAACGAAGAGACGAGGAGCGCGGAGACGAACAGGGAAUUAUUGAGGGAUUACAGGAAUGCACAGCAGGAUGUUUUAAAUAAGCAUGAAAAUUUGUGGUCAGACGUAAAUUCUGAAGUGUGUCAUGCUGCCAAUUCAAGUAAACAGCCUGUUCCGUUGAACGCGGCCAGUAACAACGACGCUCUUGGAACGGACCACGAGUAUCACGAGAUCAGCGACGAGGAAAAUCAAGAUAGCCCUCUGAGAUUUGAUAAAACGUUGAAUUUCGAUUUUGGUCCAAGUUUACUGGCCGAAAUGGACCAAAUGUUCAGAUCAUUAGGGUCUUCCCCUCCUCCGCCACCGCCAGUUCAUCCUCUGUCAACCGAGCACGAAUCGAGCAACGUUCGAAACGAGCUGAGGGAGAUGCAGGCGAAACAAAGCAAUAAAAAGAAACAAGCCACCGUGAAGCCUAUCUCAGCCGCCGAUCAGAAAACUCUCUACUCAGCCAUUGCUAUGGCACAGGAAUUGACAGCACGUUCCAUGACAGACCUUGAACAUUCACCGGAGUCACCCCGAACACCUGCCAGUCCUUCGAGGCGCAGAAAGUUCUCUUUUAAGUUGCCACAUCAACACAGUCCCAAACCAGACAGACGACACUUUUCAGAAGAAGCUGCCAGUAUACCUGACAUACAGUGGUUGUGUUCAAGUUUGCAAUCACUUUCGUCCACUGUAUCUAGCAUAGAGUCGCUUGGCGCGCCGUCGACCUUGAAAUUGCCAUUAUGGGACAAAGCGUCCGCCGAGUUCUGUUUCGCAAAGUCCAGGGAACUUCUGACAAAGCCGACCGCGUGGACGUCGUACAUGGACAUAGAGUUCGACGCGCACAUACUCGACAACGCGGUGACGAAGCAGAAUCUGGUGAAGUCGACGGAGUUCCUCGAGAACGGGAACAAGAAGGGGAAUUUCAGUUGCGACGGCCUCGCGGAUAUAAACGGGAAGCUGAACGCGUUCCAACAGAGCAGAAAGGUCUCCUCCCUGAGCAUCGAGAAUUCCAAUUUCGAUUUCCCUCGGGAACAGAAGAGAGUAUCCACCAGCUACGUGGACCGUUACUUCGAACAGCCGAGGUACUUCGACGACGACGCCGCCCUCGCGUGCACCAACGAGAAGGUGUUGUACUUCGGCGAUGACAAGUACGACACGAAGAUGAACAAUUUGGAACAGCCAGGCAAAUCGGCGUGUUACUCGAACGUUCAGGAACAGGGUGGUACGCCGGCAGCCGCGAAUGCCAAGCACAACAACCAGCAGGUGUCGGGUAAGUUUCCCAGCAGCUGCGAGCAACAACCGCUGAAAGACAAGGCGGCGAGUUUCGAGGCGCAGUGCGAGGAGAGCGGCGCCAGCUUCGACCUGAUGAAAGACAAGUCGUCGAACUUUGUUGAAUUCGCGCGCAGCAAGGCGAUCAAAUUCGACUCACCUAGGGACAAGAUGGUCAACAUAGACCUCGGCACGAGGCCGAAGAUCACCAGUUCCUUCAGCGAUUCUUCCAAGAUGAACAUACUCGAGUUCCCGAAGAAGAUGGACGUGUCGAAGCCAAGGGGCGGGAAGGUGCCGUUCGUGCCGAGGAACCCGAGCCAGGAGGGAGCCAAGAGCGUGAUUUACGGGUCCACGGACAGCAUAAAGACGAACUUGAAGGUGGCAGGCGGUUCGGACAGCCCCAGAGCGAACAUGGAAGCUAUGAAGAUCAAUAUCCAGAGUUUUCGCAAGAUAGAGCAGAACCAAAACGGCCACGACGGUUUCCCGUUCGUUAUAUCCAACAACCCGCUGUUCAUCGCGGAAUCGGAGAAGAAGGAGUCCCCCGUUUACAGCAGCUCGGAGAGCCUCCGUGUGAAUUUCCAGCGACUCAGGAGGAAGUCGGACGCGGAGGCGAACAACCAAGUGCACGAGCUGAGCAGCAAGCUUCUGGCGGAGAAGUACCAGAAGGAAGUGUCAGGCCUGGAGAGCGUGAAGAACUAUUUGGACUCGAAGAAAGGACAGGGUUUGAAUCUGGGCUUAGGCAAACUGACUCAGAACAUGAUCCAAUUGGGCAAGAAUAUCGCGCAGAACUCUAGGAACAUAGAGACCGCCGCGUCCAAGUCGUUGGUCACCAGCGUGAGGAAUUUGGACAUAUCUGCCCAGAGCCAGAUGCCGUUGAGAAGCUUGAACAUACCGAUGCAAAAGCCCAAGCACUUGGACUUGAACAUUCCCCUUCAUCAGUGUCAGUCGCAGAUCAGCAUGAAGCUGAAUCUCACCUCGCAGAAGAUAAACCCGCCGCCUUCUAGCCCGGGUCUGCAUCAGCACAUCCUCGAGCCGCCGAAACUCUAUCAGAACGACAGCACGAGGAAGGAGUUGCCCAAGACCGACACGCUUUUGGAGAAGAUGUCCACGGUUACCAACAUAUACAGACACAGAACGUCCUCACUGUCCGAGAACAGAAAGCCACCGAUCAAAAACGUGAGGAGAUCCUUUCAUCCUGCCAACGAGGACACCAGCGAGGACUCGGACUCGAUCUCUCACUCGGAGACGGAUAUACGGAGCCGUUUGCGGUACAAGCGCCGUCACAAGAAGCUACCGCACAAUUUGCGGCUGAACUUCAAGAACAAGAGUCACUUCCUGCAUCCGGAGGCCGCCCGGGGAUUUUCGUCGAUAGAACUUUGCGGGAAGUCGCCGCCACCGUCGACCAGUUUCUUGAACUCGUUGUCGCCGCCUUUCUCCUCUAGAAACAACCUGCUCUCUUGGCCAGAAAGCGCCCCCAGUUCUAGCCUGACGUUCACCAGUAACUCUGACCUUGACUCCGACACCAGUUCAGAGUAUCCGGAGUUCACGAACGACAUACUGACCUUCCCGCCAUCCCCUGCACCAUAAAUAUCCAACAUCCUCGCCCGUGUAUCGCUUUCC